AUGUCGACUGCCGACCCUCAGCCGGCAGACAAACCCAUAAACCACAAGAUUGGUAUCAUCUACCCACCACCAGAAGUCCGAAACAUUGUCGAUAAGACUGCCAGUUUCGUUGCACGCAACGGUCCCGACUUUGAGUCGCGCAUUCGGCAAAAUGAAAUCAACAACCCGAAAUUCAACUUUCUCACUCCUUCUGACCCCUAUCAUGCCUACUAUCAACACAAGGUGCGCGAUUUCGCAGAAGGCAAGGCGGUGGAAACGAUAGGUCUCAAGGUCACGGCACCCAGUGCUGCGCGUUUGGGUCAGGAUGCACAGAAGAUCAUGCAGGAUAUCUUUGUGCCUAAGGAUCCACCUCCAGAAUUUGAGUUUGUCUAUGAUCCACCCUCCAUCAACGCCCUCGACAUUGACAUUGUCAAACUCACCGCCCAGUUUGUAGCCCGAAACGGGAAACAGUUUUUGGCUCAGCUGAUGAAUCGUGAGCAACGUAAUUACCAGUUCGACUUUCUGCGCACGCAGCACAACAUGUUCGGAUAUUUUACCAAGCUGGUGGAACAGUUCACAAAAGUGCUAAUUCCCCCGCGAGAUAUAAUCACUAGCCUCGAAGAGGACUUGAAGAACCCCAAGCGGGUGCUAGAUCAGGUGAAGUAUCGUGUUGAAUGGCACAAGUACCAAGAGCGACAGCGCCGGCGUGAAGAAGAGGCGUUGGAGAGGGAACGUGUCGCAUACGCCAUGAUUGAUUGGCAUGACUUUGUUGUGGUGGAGACUGUGGACUUCCAACCAAACGAAACCGGUAGCUUCCCUAUGCCAACGACCCCCGAGGAGGUAGGUGCACGUGCCAUCGCCGAAGAGCGGGGUGAAAUUUUGGCGCAACAAAAGCAGCCCAUAACGAAUGUGCCCCCGCCUCCCGGCUCCUUCGAUGCUUUACCCACCGAUCUGGACGAGGAGGAGAACGAGUAUGAUGAUGAAGGGGAGGACGAACUAGAGGCUGAGGAGGCCGCUCAGGCGGAUGCCACAAGGCCGCACGAAGCACGACGGGAGGUCAGAGAGGAUUCGGCUGCUGCCGCCCCUCCACCGGUUCCCGUCACCUCUGCCGAACCGUCUGAAGACCAACGGAAGCGCGAGGAAGAGGAAGAGGAGGUGGCAGAUAUGGAGGCGCCCACGGAGGACGACAUGGAACUGUCAGACGAAGAAGAGCCACCGCCUCCACCAUCAUCACAGGAGUCCGGCACCGCUAAGAUUACCUUUAAACAACCCUCCCUACCCAUGCGGCCGGCUCCACCAACAGUGGACCAGGUUCUCAUCCGACACGAUUAUGACCCUAAGGCAGCAACAGUCAAGGAGAUGGCUAACCAGUUUCAGUUGGUAUCGCCCAUCACCGGCGAACCAAUUCCUGCCAGUCAAGCUCAGAAACACAUCCGUUGGGGUUUGCUAGAUCCGAAGUGGGCAGAACAGCGUGAGCGUGAAAUUGCCGAGAAACGAGAGCAGGAUCAGGUCUACGCCACUGGCAGUCUAAUUGAAAGCAGUCUCAAGCAGCUAGCCAAACGCCGCACAGACAUUUUUGGGGUGGGCUCUGAGGAGACCCAAAUCGGCAAGACCCUAAAUGAUGGCAGUGAGGAGGAGCAGCAGCAACAGAAGUCGGAUAAACUCAUCUGGGAUGGGCAUGCGAUGUCUGCAGAAACGGUUCAGCAGCGUGCUCGUGACUACCUCAACCCUGCGGAUGUACAGGCGCACUUUGAGGCCGAGCAGAGGCUGGAGGCUGAGCGCGAAAAGAUUGGAGUCCAGGUGCCGCAACAGCAGACGCCAUCCGCGCUGGGGCUGCAUACCUCGCUUCCGCCCACCAUUUCUGCCUCUACAAUGAUGAUGAUGAUGAACAAGGCUCCGCCCGGUCUGAUGAUGCCUCCUCCCACUGCGCUGCCACCCUCAAUGUUUCCGCCCGGAAUGCCUCUUCCACCGGGCCACCAGUUUGUGCCGCAUCCCAUGAUGCCUCCAAUUUUGCCGGGAAUGGUCCCGCCCCCUCCCCCUCCACCUCUAAUGAUGCAGCAGCAGCAGCAGCAACAACAACAACAACAGCAGCAGCAGCAGCAACCGACUGAGGAGGAACCCUCCGAGGCCAAACGCCCACGCACUGAGACUCCUGUCGCCGAGUAA